AUGAACAAAUCAACCUAUUCAGAGAUUGGCCGGUACAAUAACUAUUCUCAGAUGAUAGAUCCAACAUCUCCACUAAUCUCCAAGAGAAAAUAAAAGCUUAAGAAAAGCAUGUUUCAAUAGAAACCAGAAGAAUCUGGUCAUCAUGUGGAAUAUGGCAAGCCUUUUAUCAAAGAUUAGAAUGAUACUGGAGAGUUCAAUAGAUUUUAAGAUGUCAUUUUAGAUCAAAAGCACGAUCAAGAAGUUCAGAAGAGAGCAUCUAAAGUCCAUAAACACCUACAAAAGUCAUUUGAAAUGCAGGAUAAAGAGAAGCAAUGUCUCUAACUUUCGGAAAGGGGUAAUUUAUGGAUAAUCCUUGCGUUAUUAGCUGGAAUAUGCUACGCGUUUAACAAUUUUUUCCUCGGUUAGUUAUCUCAUCAUGGUUUUACUGCAGUUAUCUAUGUAAACAUUCCAUCGUUUUGCUUGUUUGUGGUAGUUUAUGGGGUUAAUCUCAUUAGGAAUAAGGUAAUUCAUGGGUUCUUUUGGUGCAGAGAGGUAUCAAUAUUCUUUAAGGAAGAGGAUGACACUCUAGAUAAAAGUAUUGUACUUGGUGUGUGUAUGAUGAGUUUAUGUAAAUUUUUUGGAUUCUAUAUGGUGGUUUAAACUUUCAAUUAUGCUACCUUAGCAGGAAUGAAUCUUGGAAUUAUAACAGUUAUUUUCAAUUUUUGCUGUAUUACUGAUUCAAUAGUGUUUUACUUUUUCUUUCAAGAAAAAUUAUCAAAACCUUAAAUUCUUGGUGUCUCUGUACUGCUAUUAAGCGCAUAUUUUAUCAGCUUGAAAUCUGAAAAUGAUUAAUUCAUUUAUCCAUAUCUCUCUGGUGAAACUAAUCAAUAAUACUUUUUGAGAGUAGAAAAGCUAAACUCAGAAAAGAAUUACAAUGCUAUGUGUGCUAUAUUUACUGCUCUAGUAUGCACUCUAUUUUUCUCAGCUAGAGAUGUUAUCUUGAGAUAUUACAGAAUAAACAAAAACUACCCUGCAUUUGAAUUAUCCUUAGACUCUCUAACAUUAUAUUCAUUUGGAUGUUCUAUAUAUGCAGUAUACUAUUUCUUAAUAAUGGGUUAGCCUUUUGAUAUUGACUCAUUUUACUCCGGCUGUAUGAGUGCUGUAUUGAAUACUUUAGGAUUUAUGAUGCUUGGAAUUUCAGUUGUUAUCGGCUAUGCAGGACCUGCUAAUGCCUUAAAUAGUAUUUAGGCGAUUGUAUUGACAAUGUUAAGUAUAUCAAUACUCAAUCACAUUCCAACUAGACUGUAAGUCAUUGGAAUGCUUUUAGGAAUGCUCGGGACAAUAAUUGUUAGUACUGGAGAUGCAAUUAUGAAACUUAUAGGGCUUUGCUUUUCUAAAUCUACUGUGUCUCAACAAGUUGAAAAUCCAGAUGUAUAUAAAAGACUUAAUCAUUGA